GUACCUUCCUUUGGUGCAGUUGGGUGACUGAGAGAUGGGAAAACAAAAUAGUAAGCUCAAGCCCGAACAGUUGUCUGACCUGAAGGAACAGACGGAAUUCAACGAGCAAGAGCUACAGGAAUGGUACAAAGGCUUUCUUAAGGACUGCCCGAGCGGUCACCUCACUGUAGAAGAGUUUAAGAAAAUCUAUGGCAACUUCUUCCCGUAUGGCGACGCUUCCAAGUUCGCAGAGCACGUUUUUCGCACGUUCGACAAAAAUGACGACGGCACCAUCGACUUUCGCGAAUUCAUCUGUGCCCUCUCCGUAACUUCGCGCGGGAAACUCGAGCAGAAGCUGAAAUGGGCGUUCAGCAUGUACGACCUUGAUGCCAAUGGGUACAUUUCGAAAGAAGAAAUGCUGGAGAUCGUCAGGGCCAUCUACAAGAUGGUGGGCUCUGUUAUGAAAAUGCCCGAAGACGAGAGCACGCCUGAAAAGCGAGUUGAUAAGAUUUUCUCGCAAAUGGAUAAAAAUCUGGAUGGAAAGCUUUCUUUAGCUGAGUUCAUCGAAGGAGCCAAAAGUGACCCCUCUAUCGUGCGCCUACUCCAAUGCGAUCCAGCUGGCGGCUCAGGUUAAGCUUGAAACAGAAACGGAUUAAUAGGAGUCAAUACAACAUUCUCUAUGAAAACUGGUGCACGUUUCUUUUAUUCCCGGGCCAUUAUAGCGGCUUCCAUCUUCUUUGGCAAACGCUCAUUCUUUAAAACUUGUGAAUUAUGUAACGGUUCCCCUAGGGCUGAGUGCUUUAUUAGGAAAUAACUCGGGAGUUCUCGAAAUACUGUCGGUACUAAUAUAUCCUGGAUUAGCUUGAAGCGCCUCGUGUUAAUGAUUUCAAAAGUGCUUUGUUGUAGUAUAAUUAAUCAGUUGUUUAUCUGCGAGUCUUCGUUGGUCUCCGUAAUGCUAGAGUGUUCAAAUGAAUUAAAUAACGUUAUUUCAGUUGUCAGUAAAUAA